AUGCCGUUCCACCCGGUGACGGCGGCGUUGAUGUACCGGGGCAUCUACACCGUGCCCAACCUGCUGUCGGAGCAGCGACCGGUGGAUAUUCCUGAGGACGAGCUGGAGGAGAUCCGCGAGGCCUUCAAGGUGUUCGACCGUGAUGGCAAUGGCUUCAUCUCUAAGCAGGAGCUGGGGACAGCCAUGCGCUCCUUGGGUUACAUGCCCAACGAGGUGGAGCUGGAGGUCAUCAUCCAGCGGCUGGACAUGGAUGGUGAUGGCCAAGUGGACUUCGAGGAGUUUGUAACACUCCUGGGACCCAAGCUUUCCACCUCGGGGAUCCCGGAGAAGUUCCACGGUACUGACUUUGACACUGUCUUCUGGAAGUGUGACAUGCAGAAGCUGACCGUGGACGAGCUGAAGCGACUCCUCUAUGACACCUUCUGCGAGCACCUGUCCAUGAAGGACAUAGAGAACAUCAUCAUGACAGAGGAGGAGAGCCACCUGGGCACCACCGAGGAGUGUCCUGUGGACGUGGAAACCUGUUCCAACCAGCAGAUCCGCCAGACGUGUGUGCGCAAGAGCCUGAUCUGCGCCUUCGCCAUCGCCUUCAUCAUCAGUGUCAUGCUCAUCGCAGCCAACCAGGUGCUGCGCAGUGGCAUGAAAUAG